AUGACUGCCGCACUUAGAAUGCUCGCUUAUGGAGUAAUGGCAGAUCUUAUGGAUGAAUACUUACGAAUUGGAGAAUCUACUGCAAUGGAGUGUUUUAAACUAUUUGUUCAAGCGGUGAAUUCAAAAUUUUCCACCGAGUACUUGAGGUCGCCAACCCAAGAUGAUGUUGCUAGAUUGCUAGCAAUUGGCGCAAGUCGUGGAUUUCCAGGUAUGUUGGGAAGCAUUGAUUGCAUGCAUUGGAAGUGGAAGAACUGUCCAAAUGCUUGGAAAGGGUCUCACAAUGACAUCAAUGUGUUAGAACGGUCUUCUGUAUUUACCAAUCUAGCUGAAGGGCGUGCACCUCUAAUAAACUACUCACUCAAUGGUCACGACUACACAAUGGGAUACUAUCUUGCCGAUGGAAAUAAAAGAAAGAAUUUUGCUGCAGCUCAAGAGUCAGCAAGGAAGGAUGUAGAGCGGGCAUUUGGAGUACUCCAAGCGCGAUUUGGUAUUGUGCGUGGACCUGCACGUUUACACAAACCUGAAAUGCUUAAAGAGAUUAUGAUGGCGUGCAUAAUAUGA